CUCUGCUCUCUGUGUAUGUGUGUGUGUGUGUGCUUUUCGGGUUAUUGGCACUUUCGCGCGUACAAUAGACUCGCCUUCCUCGAUACGCGACGUCGUAAUUGUUCCGUAUAUCCGAUCUCGGACGUAGAAGAGUCGAAAUUACAGAUCUGUAAUUCGACUGGAUUCAAAUCAAAGCAUCAAAGUGGAGAAUUAUUGUUGGAGAGAUGACGGAAGAAACUGCGGGAGAAGCAAUGGCUAGAUUGAGAGGGAUGUAAAAGCUAGCUGUCAUUGCGGCAAAUCGGGUCAAAGAUCUGGGUCCUCCUCCUCCUCGUCCUCCUUCACGCAGAGGCUAGAAAAGAUGCCUGGACCGUCGACGCAAGAGAGACCCCGUGCACAUCGGCUCACAGACAUUGAGUCGCAGAGUGCAAAGGGUCUGGGUGGUAAUCGGACGGACGACUUCAGCACACCCGUCAGCUCCGGCAGCAACAUGAGCAGUAUCGCGCGCUUCCCGAAACUCGACGAGUGCGCUCACUUUCAUUACGAGCACGUCGAGCUGAGUACUUUGGAGGUUUCCAUCAACGAAGGAUCUACCAACGAUUCGGAGAGUUAUGCCGUUCGAAUAACGUCCGGAGAUGCGUGCUGGACGCUACAGAGGUCUUACGACAACUUCGUCAUGUUCGAUAAGCAACUGCACCGUUGCAUAUUUGACAGAAAAUUCUCCUCCUUAACGAAGCUUCCAGAUGUUCGGCCAAAAAAUGCCUGUGAUAUAUUGAAGGAUUACUUGAGUCGGUUCUCGCAAUUGAAUCACGAGGGUCUAAAUUGCGGUCCGGUGUUGAACUGGUUGCAGCUCGAUAAUCGGGGAAGAAGAAUCCUGGUGCCCGAGUCGGAUUCCUGUCCUAUAAAUACCCCAGCCGUCGCCGCGGCAUACGCAGUGAGGCCUUACACCGCUCAGGCACAAGAUGAGAUCUCGUUCCAGGUAGGCGAUAUGAUAUCCGUUAUAGACAUGCCACCGGCGGGAGAAAGCACGUGGUGGCGUGGAAAGCACGGCUUUGCGGUUGGAUUUUUUCCAGCCGAAUGCGUUGCCGUGAUCGGUGACAAGGUACCACGUCACCUGACGGUUUCGACGACAGUCAGAUCGAGAUUACCGGUGAAACCUGUGCUGCGGAAACACGGCAAACUGAUCGCCUUUUUCAGAUCCUUUAUACUAAAUCGGCCUUCGAGGAGAAGAUUGAAGCAAUCGGGGAUACUGCGGGAGCGCGUGUUCGGUUGCGACUUGGGAGAACAUUUGCUAAACUCUGGUCAAGAUGUGCCUACCGUUUUGACGUGCUGCGCAGAAUUCAUAGAGAAACAUGGUCUGGUCGAUGGUAUAUAUCGUCUUAGCGGGGUAACUUCCAACAUUCAAAAAUUGCGAAACGCUUUCGACGAAGAUCGGGUCCCGGCGUUGCAUUCUGAUGAGAGCAUACUGCAAGACAUCCAUUCGGUGGCGUCGCUGUUAAAGAUGUACUUUAGAGAGCUGCCGAAUCCGUUGUGCACGUAUCAGCUUUACUCCACCUUUGUUAAUGCGGUUCAAGCUGGCAGCGACGCUGAAAGAUUAAGACGAAUGAGAGAUGCUGUUAGAAAGUUACCGCCACCUCAUUACAGGACACUAGAAUAUCUGAUGCGUCAUCUGGUAAGGGUAGCCGCGCGUGGUUCGGAAACAGGUAUGACCCCGCGCAACGUGGCCAUUGUUUGGGCCCCGAAUUUGUUGAGAUGCAAGGAACUGGAAGUGGGCGGCGUAGCUGCUCUUCAAGGUGUCGGUGUGCAAGCGGUCGUGACGGAAUUUCUAGUCUGCUACGCGGAGCUCAUAUUCGGGGACGGUCCUGUCGGUAGACCAAAGUCAUUGGCAAUCACCACAUCGGCGCGACUGCUCACUCUGGAGGAGGCGCGCAAUAGAAGCCUCAGGGGUGAACCUGAUUAUAUAGAAGUGGGAGCAGGUCCGGCCGGGUUGCCGUUGCGCUAUCACACAGUCAUAGAAUUGCCUCGCAAGAGAAAUGGUUCGAAGCGAUCACCUUCCCUAAAUUGGAGGGCGUUGUUCGGCAGAGGGGCCGUGGGCAAAACGAGACAGAUCGGUGGAACACCACCGCAAGUGGAAACAGUGCCAAGUUCCUUAAACUCUCUGCGACGAUUGAGACCGGUCAAGAGCGCCGACAGUUUGGACGGCGAGGAUGGCUUGGGUCCUCUCCUGGGAGGACCGCCUCCGACCAGACCCUGCGGUCACAGUCGAUCCGUUUCGCACGAUUCGUACUUUGAUCACUUGGCGGACGCGCCCAACGCACCCUCACCGCUAGAUCUGUCGGAGAUACAACUCAAUUUCGAUUUAGAAGAGCGAGAGAUGAGGAUGCUUUCGGAAGAGGAAGGUGGCGGAGUGGCGUCGGUGGAGGCGUCGCCGCGUCGGCAAAGAAACGAGGGUCAAUGCGCCACAGCCUCUGGUGGAUCCAAGAGAAAACGAUCUCGCUUGGAAGAAAGAUUGCACUGCGAUGUCGAGCUGCGUUUCAUAGACAGCCAAAGUCCCGAUCAGGUGAUGGUAUCGACGAAUGCGGAUAUACACAGCAUCGACACCCCGUCUCCGUUGCCAACACCAGGCUACUUACCGUUACUAUCCGAAGCCUCUACACCAUUAACACCUGCCACGUUGCAGGGCACGUCUCAUUCCGCAUCGCCAAUGGGCAACAGUCCCAGAAUAAGUUUUCGAAGUUUCACUCUGCCGUUGGAAAUCGGUGAUGAGCGCGAUGGGAGCAGCGCGAACAAGUUGAAGGAAACGAGCGUGCCGUCUUCGGAGAAGCUAUCGGACCCUAGCCAUAGAUUAUCAAUAAACUUGGAGGAUCGGGAUAGGGGAUUAAGAUCGUCAUGCGAGAGGACUAUGAUUUGUGACAGCCACGUAAACGUAACCAUGUCGCUUUCCAAUGUUGAAAAUCAGGCCACGAGUCAGUCGAGUGCGAUUGCUUAUUUUAAUAACACCAUGGAGAUGACGUCAUGUAACAGGUUGUCUUCGCUAUGCGGGGAAACCAAAUCUAGUGGAAUUAUCGUAUCUCGCAAGGACGAUUCUGUCAAGAUCUCGUCCAAGUCGUACGACGAAAAGACGACGAGUGCGAGGAAGGAACGCGACGAGACUACCGAUUCCUCGGAUAAUAAUCUUGGCACGGUAGCCGAUUUGCCGAGAUUGCCGUCAUCCAGCACGACCGAUCUCGAUUCUCCGAUGUCCUGCGAGCAAACUCUGCAGGAAUUGCAAGACUCUGGAUUUGUAAUCUGCGACGACUCCGAUAAGGUGUUCAGUAAUACGGAGAAUCCGCGGGUGGCGAGCGGUAGCAACGAUUCCGGCGACUGGGUGAUCAUCGGAAGAACGACGACCGGUUCCCUGGCGACACCCAUCAGCGAAUCGACCAGUCCUAACGAUCCCUUUUCGGAAGGUGGCGCGAAUCCAACGACAUCUCCGGAUUCCGAGGCGUUGUUGGAACUGACGUUGACCUCGAGCGCCGAUGCGUUCCGCAUCGGAGUCGACGACGCGAAAUCGGCAGGUCGUAUAACGACACGGGAGAGCGAGAGGAUGGUACUCGACGUUACGGAUACGAAGAAGUACGUGAAGACUCACGGACACGAGCGGGAAGACGGCGCGAACGAUCCGCAAACGAGCUUCGACCUCGUAAACGAGGGCAAUCUCUCGGACGACUCCUGUUCUCGGUUGCGCGAUCGAGAGAACGGCAAUCGUUACUCGUGCGUGAUGACGGACAUAGACUCCAAUCAGGAAUCUAACGCGAGGGAGCAGCAACAGCAGGUUCGCGCGUGUUACAUCGAGGCUGACAACGCGAAUGUAUUUGGUACCAAUCGGAACGAGGCGAGCGACGAGGAAAAGGAGACGGAGACCUUCAAGAACUAUUACCGUCUGUCGCGAGAUACGAGUUCCCUGCACCCCGUGAAUCACCCGAGAUUUUCCUCGGACAAGUCCGAGGACGAACGAAAGAAGAGUACGGUUUCCAUGAGCCAGGGUGACCGUGACGACAACGACCACUGUUCGAACGAACUGUCAAAGAAGUGCCAAAGUUUCGGAUACAAUAAUACGCAGAACAAACCGCAGACUAAUACGCAACAAGUACGUAAAUGCGCUUCCAAACGUAGCGACGAGGCUCACAAGUGCGUGGCUGCCAGCUUGCAGACUAAUCAAAUUCAAGAUAACGUCGAGAUGAGAAUCCCUUCGGAGAACGCGGCCGAACCCUGCGAGGUUGCGCACGCGCCGGAAGGCGCGUCCGAGCUGAUGGAACGGACGCUGGAUGCCCCGAGCACAUUUUCCAACGCCUCGUCCCCGACCGCCGUCGACGACGCGGUGGUUCUACGAGAUACUGCGGCCAUUUUGCAGGAAUUAGCUCUACAGAGAUUAUCCGGAGGCGCUGCUCUGGGAAACGCGUCCGCGCGGAGGAGAUACGAGAGCGAGACCGUCCGGGAUCGCAGAAGCUUCGAUUCGGAAAUCGGCCGGGAGAUUGUCCGAGAGAGAAGGAUGAGGCAGGAGCUAGACACCGCUAGAGGCAAAUCCGAGGAACCGUCUUCGCAUCUGCCGCCCUGUUUGCGGGCGCGUCACGCGAGAGUAACCCGAGCGGCGUUGAGUCGUUCCCUGGACGAGGCCAAGUUCCACCGGAUGACGGGAGAGAUCCCGACCUUGUCGGUGAAACAGACGUCCGAGGACGCGCAGCAGCACUGCUCCACCCCGAACGUCGGCGGCGCCACGGAGAAGAUUCAGCUGAGAAACCUCGGCGGCCUGGAUCUGGGCGACCCGCAGUGCAGAGAGAGAAUCGAAAAGUACAAAGAGGAGAGGAGGAUGUUCCUCAGGGACAAGUAUCGAUCGGAGAGCUUUCGCGGGAUCUCGUCCAAGGCGACGGAGGACGACAGCGAGCAGGCGCUGUUGAACAGGUUGAAGCAGAGAGCCUCGAGACCGUCUCUUCAUUGAUCAACUUCCUUGAUCUUGCUCUCUAAAGUAGUAUAAAUAAGUUUCAAGGGGCAAAGUUAAUGUGUGGAAAAUUGCGAUGCAAUAUUCAUUAUCUCUACCCGCAUUUUAGACGAGUGACAAAUUAUAUAGAUGCGAUCAAAUUCUACGAUCUUUCUCCCAAUUGUCGCAUAAUUUUUUUAAUUCUUUUUUCAAAGCAGCGAAUAUACAGGGCAACUAAUUAGAACGAAACAUCGAACAAAUAUGUAUUUAAACGAUAUAAUAGAGAUAAUAAUUCGCGUUACCUUUCUUAAAAGAAUUCCACACACAACUGGUAUAUAUUUUUAUUGAAUUUAUAUCCAUUGUAUAAGAAUUCACGCUAAAACUUGUCGGCUUAUUUGUACUACUCACGAAUGUCCCUUGCAUUCGACGGCGAUGUUACGUCUGCUUUUGUUGCGAGCCAAUUGAAUCGCUUUCACUCGUAUCUCAUCAGGUGCCGUUGCGAAUGAUGAGUGAAGUUAUGACGAGGAUGAUGAAACAUGAGUAGUUUACUCGAUCCAUGACUCGUUUUCGCCAUUGUUAGCUGAAUUCUAUGAACGCUUUUAAAAGCUGAUAAUUUAUUACAAACUCAAAGAAAGAUAUUCACUUUUAUUAUUGUUAGAACUUUUAAUAACGGUUCUCUGUAAUUAUUAUUAUUAUUAAUAUUAUUAUUAUCAUCUUUGAUUUUUUUUAUAUUUACUUGUAUUCUUUGUACUGUUAUGCUAGAGCGAACAUGUAUAAUCGGGUUGAUGCUUUUUGUAUGUACCAGAGUCAACAAUUUCGCCUGCAAUGGCUUCUUAUCACGUCAAGAUGCAAAACGUUUCACUCACCUGUUGCUUUCAUACGCUGCAAAUAUAAUACAGUUUAUAGAAAAAAAUAGAAAGAUAUAUCUUUUAAAAGUUUUCAUUUUUCUUCUUAAAAAAAAAAGUUUAUGAAUCACGUAAAAUCUGGUUCACAUUAUCUGUUCCAAACAUAGCUUCCGAAAUAGUGUAUUAUUUCAUGGGAAUAAUUGUUGACGGGAAAAAUAUAGCAAAAAUCGUGCGCUGAAGAUCUCGGGUACAUACAUGAAGUUUGAUUAGUUUCAAAAAUGUAUUUACGCGCUUACGACGCUUAUAAAUAGAGCGUUUCAAUGUUAUAUUCUAAUUGUGGACUGGUCCAUAAUGAUAUCUUUUUUUCUGGAAAUAUGUUAAUAUUUUUCUCUCGGUUAAUUAAUAUGUACAACAUAUUCUUAUAACGAAAGCGCGCUUAUUGAUGAUAAAAGGCUUGCUUGAAAUCAAGAUUACUAUCGAGACUAAGCAGUUCUCUUAAAAAUAAGAUAUAUCUUAUCCUAGAGAGAGAAAGAAAGAAAGAGAGAGAGAGCGAGAGCGUAUCGCGCGUCGUUGUAUGUGGCCUCGCGUCUUUUUUUUGUUUUUAUUAUUAUUAAGUUGCAAUUAUUAAGCAGUAGUUUCACGUUUAGCUACCUCACCACUCAUCUCAUCGCUAUUAUAAAAAUGUGACGUCGCGCGACGCUCGGUUGUAUUUUACAGCUUUAUUUAUUUUUAAUCCAGCGAAUUUAAUCGCUUGUUCCCUCCCUGAGAAAAAGAGAACAAAUGGUAUUUUUAUCCGCGAAUAUUUUCUUUUUUUCUCUCUUUAUAAAGAUAUAACGCGAAUGCGUUUCUUCUUAGGUGACGGUUUGAGAAAACCGUCCGUUUGACAAGACUGUUUUUCUUUUUUUUUGGCAACAAUUUUAUCGAGUAUGAUUCGUGCUCUUAUUAUUGCCGUAUUAUAAUAGACUUAUUGUGCGAACAAAGGCGCAUAUAUUCUAAUUUCACUACUUUCGAGAGCUUUCGCGCAUACGCUCUCCAAAAAAAAAAAAACGCGUUUUGAUCUCCCAGCAAAUACUCGUGGCAUUUAAUAUAAUAGAUUUAGAGAAUUUAAAUCGCGAGGAAAAAAAUUGUUAUUUCGCGCGAGGAUGUUAAAAUUUUCUUAGCGAGCGUAAGAAGAGAGGCGUCGUUAUAUAUUGUUGAAAUUUGUGAAAUUCUCUCAGUCAUCUCGAAUAACGGUGCUCUCGCUGACAUUUGACUUUCAAUUCACAAGCGUCAUCGGGUGUUUUUCGGCGACGAAACCAGAGAGAUAAUUAGUUAAUUAAUUUAAUACAUCUCGAGAGACACCUUCCUUGCAUCAUCGUUCCCUUUUACGCAUGCUCACGCAUCUUGGCUUGAAUAUUUCUCGAAUAAAUACUUCCAUCGCGAGAGAUCGAUGCCUGAGAACGGCA